GGUCACGCAGGGUAUGACGACAGCGACGGGUUUUCCGGCACGCCUCUGCAAGGAGGGGCAGACACGAUACAACAAUGACAUCAUUAACCUCGUGAAAGACGACCAUCGCAGCAUCCGGCCGCCCAAUUGCCAGUGCGAUGCGUGCGGUGCCAAGGGCAAUGACGUUCCCAUAUGAUUGGCGUCAAAUUUUGGGUGCAGUGCUUGUAGCUGACGAUGAAAACCAUACUCGCUGCCCUCGGAUGAAAAAGUAGGGCGCAGGAGAUGUCACGACUGCCUGCGGCCCCCUCUGGACGAUCAACGGCCAACAAGCCAGCCGCGCCCGCAACUUCAGCUUCGUUUCUCUUACUAUCGAUAGAUGUUCUCGCUCAAGCCAUGCCUACGAAAGACUGUCCUAAAUUGUUCGGAAGGUUGCUUGCGAAGUUCUCCAAGGAUCGUCAUACAGCCUCUUCGACUCCACCUGCCGCGCAGUGCACGGAGGUGCAGUCUUCUCAGCAGGGAGACGUAGAACACCGACCGGACGCGUCUUCCAUUGUCGCGACAGAGUCAUGCACUCCUCCAUUCCCAUCCCCCGCCGACGCUCAGGCGGCGCGACCGAGCGUAGACGCGGGAACGGCAGUCCGUCACCAGCCAGCUGCAGCGUCGCGAGCGUUGCCUCCACCUCCGCCGGUUGAACUUCCACCCAAGCCGACGGCGACCGAAUCCACCGAGCAACAGACCCCUAUCAUUUCCAUCUCUGAGAGACUGUGGAACGCUGCGUACGACAGCCUUACAACGGACCAUAGAGAUCUUGUGAGGUUGUACGUGGAAACUUUGGAGAGGAGUCUCGGAGACGAGACCCCUGAACACUGUACUACCGACCUUUCGGCCAGACUAGGAAAUCCUACCAACCGACAAAAGCAUAUGAGGGAGUUGGUUGAGAAGGGGCAGGAGAAAAUAUCCAGAGCCUCGAGGAUAACGACUGGAGUUGGCGAGGUCGCCGAUUUCAUCCUGAAAGCUAAGAAGAUGGUCGACCUGGUACUCCAGAGCGUGCCGCAAGCUGCGCCGGCUGCGCUUCCAUGGGCGGGUGUUUGCCUUGGGCUUCAAAUUCUCCGGAAUCCAGCACAAGCAACAAAAUCCAACCUUGCUGGUAUUGCCCACGUCAUCUCCAGAAUGGACUGGUAUUGCGCCUUGACCGAACACCUCUUAAAGAAGAACAACAUUGCUGCCGGCAACGACUUUCAAGCAGUCUUGCGCCAGCUGGAAGAGAGGAUUAUCAAGCUUUAUAAAGCUCUUCUCCUAUACCAGAUGAGGAGCCUCGGCAACAUCCAUCAGACGCUUCAAGAUUUCAUAUCGCUCCAAAAGGAUGUCCGUAAGGAUGAUAUGGAAGCAGCAUGCCGCAGAGAUCUCCGCGUUGUUGAUCCGCAGCACGAUAUGGAGCGGAUAGAGAGGGGUAAAGAUGAGCUGCUCGACGACGCGUACCAGUGGAUCCUACGUACCCCAGAGUAUAUAGGGUUCACAAACUGGGACGACAGCGAAUCUAAUUAUCCGCCGCGUCGAUUGCUCUGGGUAAAAGGACACGCCGGUACGGGGAAGACGAUGCUCAUGAUUGGUCUCAUCCGCCAACUCUCUGAUCAACCGGUCAUUCUCGCGCCAGCGCUUUCCUUUUUCUUCUGCCAGGGCACAGAUGCCGCCCUGAACAACGCCACCGCCGUCCUCCGGUCCUUGAUCUGGCUUCUUCUUCUUCAGCAGCCAUAUCUCAUAUCUCACCUACUUCAGAAGUACAAAGAGUCAGGCGCCGAUCUCUUUAGGGAUAAAAAUGCCUUUUACGCUCUAUCCGAGGCGUUUCGGAAUAUGUUGAGGGAUCCUCAGCUGACGCCUGUGUAUCUCGCGGUCGACGCUCUUGAUGAGUGUGCGCAGGGGCAACCGGGGCGGUCGGACCUCAUCCGUCUCAUCUCAACCUCUCUCACUCUUUCCCGGAAGGUGAAAUGGCUGCUUUCUAGCCGCCCAGAAGUUGACCUUCUCACUGAACUCAGUGACUUAGACACCAACUCCCCGGACGCUUCUAAAACCCUUAUCGAGCUGGAUCCUCAACGUCUGGCAGAUCCUGUUAAUGCAUAUAUCGAUCACAAGUUCACUAUCCUCAGGCGCAGGAAAGGAUACAACGACAGCGUUUUGGCCGAGGUGUCUCGUGAAGUCCGCCAACGAGCAGAGAACACUUUCCUCUGGGUGGCUCUCGCCUUUAGAGUUCUCGAAACAAUACACGGAGGGUAUGCCGUCAAACGUAUUACAGAGAUGCCUCCUGGCUUGUCGGAGUUGUAUAAUCAUAUGAUGAACCGGAUUGAGGCAGGCCAAAUAAUCGAACCCCAGGACUGUAAGACAGUCUUGGUGGUUACGUCUCUUGCCUUCCGGCCGCUGUCUAUCCCUGAGCUUUCCGUGCUCUCCGACUUGCCACUAGACGUUGCAGAGACGGCUAUCGAGAUGUGCGGCUCAUUUCUCACGAUCGCCAAGGGAAUAGUCAACUUGAUCCACCAGUCGGCUAAAGACUACCUGGAAAAGAAUUACGAGUCCAGACUUCAGCCAGCCGGGCCCGCUCAAGGGCAUGCCGAGAUUGGUAGGCGCUCGAUUGAUGCGAUGUCCUCAAUACUGAGGCCAAACCUGUACAACCUCGACCUCGGCUUCAAACCGGAAAAUAUGGCACCGCCUGAUCCAGAUCCGCUGGCUCCAGUACGAUACUCUUGUGUUUUCUGGGCCGAACAUCUUUGCUCACUGGACGACGAUAACUCUAUCCGCCCGGGUGAACCGAUGGACGUCGGCAAAGUGUUUGGCUUUUUGAAGGAGUACUUCCUCCGUUGGCUUGAGAUCAUCACCGAAUUUAAACUCUCGGCUCAUUGAGCUUUUGAAAGACGCGGAGAAGUUUAUCUUCAGGUUUAGAUCUAUCAUAGAGCGGGCCCCGUUACAGAUAUAUGGCUCUGCGCUUGUGUUCAGCCCGACUUUGAGCGAGAUUAGAAAUCGACAUUGGAAGGAAAGGCUGUCUUUUAUCGAAAUGACCGCAGGCAUUAAAGAACGCUGGGGCACGCACCGGCAGACGCUCGAGGGGCAUAGCGAUGUAGUCACGGCAGUGGCGUUCUCGUGGGACAGCAAGAUGCUCGCGUCGGC